AUGAUGAUUAAUUGUCAUAAAAAAAUUGAAAUACAUCCUUUCUCUUUUUUAACUUAGACAGAAUAAUUAGAUUAGGAAACCUGUUCUUUUUAAUGCACAAAUUAAUUAAAGCAAAUCUUAAAAAAUAGUUCUUAGCUUUUUGAUGACUAUUGUGUUCCAAAAAUGCUGCAAAUAUCAGAAACCUACAAUAAUAUGUGUACUAUUUCUUCUAUAAUAAAGAUAAGAUAUUUGUUUACAAAGAAUCCCUCGGUCGUAGAUACAUCCAGAUUAAGUACUUAAGAAUGAAGAUUCAUAAGAUUUAUUAGAACUGGAGCAGCCGAUUCAUGAAUAAUAAAUUGCAAUGA